ACUGCGAAUCCCUACUCGCUUUCUUAAAGCUAUUUUUGUUAUCAUUUGUACAGUACAAGUAUGUCAGUGGAGACACGUGGCCUGAAAUAAAACCGUAGAACUAAUUUCUGCUGGAUAAUGUUCCCUGUGUAACUGGGUUUAGAUGCCAGUUAAUGAGCGCGUGAGCUAGAGGUUUCAGGGACUGACAACUCGCGCAUCUCUUCGCUUCAGUCACUUGCACAGAAACACAGGAAUUCCAACGCUGAAAAUCAGACGUGGAGCUUUUCUGUAGCAAAAUGAACGACUCGGCUUAUGGGGAUGAUACAAGAACGGAGAAGGUUUAAAUACGGAGGAGAAAGGGAAGGAGAAACUCCCUUGUACCUAAGAGUCCAGGAUUUCGGAAAGUGGGAAGUUGCUUUUUUGCCUCCAGAGUAAAUAGGCAAGUCUCCGAAUGUCUUUUGACCGAAGCGCGCAAUCAACUAACGCGGGCGUGAAUAAUCACCUUUGCAUGAUAUAUAGAUUUGGUAUGGAACGUAAUCAAACUAGUAAUUUAUAAUUAUUUGCCCAACUAUAUUUAUAACUAAAUAUAGUUCUGCAGUUAUAAUGUAAUAUAACACAUAUUCCCAGAAUGCAAAUGACAUACAUGGGAAAGAAUAUGAGAUGAGCCGAUGCACUAUCAACUAGCACACUUCUGAACUGGAAAUACCACAGAGAAAACGAAGCAGUCCAUGUUGAUUGGCUGAUUAAAGGAUACACAAUUUCAGCUACCGAGGAAAUCUUAAAAAUGAAGCCAUCCACCCUCAUGGUUCUCCUCAUCAGCUCAGCUGCUUGCAUCAAUUUGAAAUUCAUCUCAAAGAGAAACUCUGUGGAUGGCUGCAUUGACUGGUCGGUGGAUCUGAAGACGUACAGGUCUCUGGCAGGCGAGCCGGUGAGAGUGAAGUGCGCCCUGUUCUACAGUUACAUCAGGACCAAUUACACUAUGGCCCAGAACGCCAAGCUACGCCUCAUCUGGUACAAGAACAAGGGCGACUCUGAGGAGCCCAUCAUCUUCUCAGGACACAGGUUAAGCAAGGAGGAGGACUCCAUUUGGUUCCGAACCGCCGAGCUGGAAGACAACGGAUUUUACACCUGCGUCCUGAGAAACUCCACAUACUGUAUGAAAGUGUCCAUGUCCCUGACGGUGGAGGACAGAGACUCUGAUCUCUGCUACAGCAGCAAGAUCCGUUACCUGGAGAAGGCCGAGAUCACAAAGAGCAAAACCAUUACCUGCCCUGACAUUGAAGAUUACCUGGCUCCAUACAGACAGCCCAUUCUUGCCUGGUACAAGGAGUGUGAAAAGAAAACAUGGAGGAGUUCAAUAGUGGUGAACAGAACAACUAUCUGGAUCCCUGAGAUUGAGGAAGAGGAUGGUGGGAAUUACACAUGUGAGCUCAAGUACGGAAGCAGACUGGUGCGGCGAACCACAGAGUUAAAAGUCACAGCUCUGCUCACCGCGAGGCCUCCUAAGGUGCUGUUCCCCAAAGAGAAGCCUCCCAGUGUUAUAGACGCCCAACUGGGUAUGCCACUCAGUAUCGACUGCAGGGCCUUUUUCGGCUACAGCGGUGAAUCCAGACCCAUUAUCUACUGGAUGAAAGGGGAGAAGUUUGUGGAGGAGCUGGAAGGUCACAUAAAAGAAAGUGAAGUCAGGGUCCUCAGGGAGUACCUGGGCGAGAAAGAGGUGGAGCUCUCCCUGACCUUCGACGCCGUGGAAGAAGAGGACAUGGGCAGCUACACCUGCUACGUGGAGAACCACAUCGGAAGGAGUCAUGGCAGGGCCAUUCUGCAGAAAAGAGAUAUGCGCAGAUUAGAGCUUGCCGGUGGCCUUGGGGUGGUCCUGCUACUACUCGGCCUCCUCACUGCUGUCUACAAGUGCAAUAAAGUGGAGCUCAUGCUGUGCUACCGCAAACACUUUGGGAGAAGUGAGGCGGAGAAUGACAACAAGGAGUACGACGCAUCUCUCUGCUACACCAAGGUGGACCUGGGCCUGUUCGAGCACGACUCGACCGAGGAGGAACAGUUUGCUCUCGAGGUCCUCCCGGAUGUCCUGGAGAAACACUAUGGGUACAAAAUCUUCAUCCCCGACCGCGACCUCAUCCCCAGCAGCGGGUAUGUGGAGGACCUGGUGCGCAGUGUGGAGCAGAGCCGGAGGAUCAUCAUCGUCCUGACGCCCAGCUUCGUGGCAAAGCGCGGCUGGACCAUCUUCCAGCUGGAGGCCCAUCUCCACAACAUGCUGGUGACCGGCGAGAUCAAGGUCAUCAUGAUCGAAUGUAGCGACCUCCAGAGGGUCAUCAACUACCAGGAGGUGGAAGCCUUAAAGCACACCAUCAAACUGCUCUCCGUGGUCAAGUGGAGGGGCCCCAAGGACAAUGAGCUCACGUCUAAGUUCUGGAAGCGGGUCCUGUGCGAAAUGCCUGUCAGGAGGAAUGAGAGCCUGUCACGCCGGCAGAUGCUGGACUCCGGGGAGCAGGGCCUCUUCGCUGACCUGCACGGUGUCUCCACCAUCGCCAUGACCUCCGCCUCCGCGUCCCUGGUGCCGGCCCACACCAAGAUCCCCAGGUUCGACCAGAUGAACCACACGCAGAAGAAGCACUACUGCCGCAGAUACGAUUUUGACAAUGGUCCCACCCCGAUCCGGGUGGCCACGCUGGGACAUCGGCCCGUGUACUGCAACAUCCCCAUGACUCUGCUGAAUGGACAGGUGGGCCAGCAUAACUCCACGGUCAAAAGCAGGUCGGAGAUCCUCUUCAACAGAAAGUUCAUGCCCCUCUCACAAGAGGGACUCACAAGUGAUAUCUGGUAACUCACCACCUCUGGUUUUUUUUUUUUUUUCUUUUCUCAUCUGCAUGAUAACUUUUUAUUGCUUAUUAAAUGUUGUCUGGAAUUUAUUUAUUUAUUUAUUUGCUCUCAAAAUCUAUCCAUUCCUGUUUUUGUUCUUUAAUGUCUAUGGAAAUUUUUAGGUACUGUAAACUGAAAAAUGAGGGUCGCUCUAGAUAUAAUUUUCUGACUUGAAUCUUCCUUUUCAGAGAUAGGGGUUUUUAAUUUUCAAGGUGGUGUUAUUAUGGAUUUUUUGUAUUCUGAGGCAUAUAGAAUGAUUAAUUGGAGACUUUUGUCAGUGUAUGAGUGUGUUUGUGUGUAUUUGUUAAAAGCUUUUGAAGGGGGAUUUUAACAUUACAGGGACAAAGGGACUUCUCAUUGCAGCACAAUUCAAUUAAGAAAAUAAGCCAUGAUCCAGUUUAUACACGAAACUGUCUGAACUUAAUGGAAUAUAACUAUAUGAAAAAACAUAUCAAACACGACUACAUUCUUGUAUAUUCUCAAUAUGCCUGUCAUCUGCUUUAUGCUGUAAUCUUUAGCUUCCUUUGUCUAUUAUCUUAUAAUUGAAUUAAUUUAGGGUCUCUUGGUCUCUGAUGUAAUUAAAAAGGAAGGGUAUCAUUGUGCUAGAGCAAAGGUUACUUAUGUUUCAUUUAAUAUUGCCUGUAACAGUUUUAUUGCAGUUUCUAUAAAUUUGAGUCUAGGAACGGAUGUCAUUUUGUACCAUGGUAUUUACAUUCGCCCUCUAGCAGAUUUUCCUCUUGGGUAGGGUAGGGUUUGGGACUAAGAUUAAAACAGGAGUAAUGACUUGAAUUUGGUUAAGUAAUAGUCUUCACUCCCAGAGUCAUCCAGAAUUAAUUGGAUCCCUCGUUGAUAGAAAGCAGCACAAUCCGUCCUCAUUUCUAGUCCCAGGACAGGAUUCAUUAAGCCUAAUUUUACUUUCCAUGUUUGCAGUGGGCAUACAGCUUUACAUGUUUUGAGUUAUUUUAUCUGCAUGAUUUUAUAACUGGCCACAUCCAUUACUAGUUCACUUGUUAAUUCCAUGAUUGUUUAAUGAAUAAGAGUAGUUGAUUGAUGGAUCAUAAAAUUAUGAACCACCACAGUAAUAAGACCUAUAGCCCAUGUCAAGAAUUUGUCUGGGUGUACUUAAUCAAAAUAGCAAUAUUAACAAAUAAUAAUAAUAAUAAUAAUAAUAAUAAUAAGUUCAACCCUGGCGUAGCUACUUAAAAUAAUCUAAUGUUUUGGGGGUUAGGACUUUGGUAACUCAGAUUUUUAGGUGUGAAGCUUUUCUCCAAGACGUUAUGAAUUGAGCUACACCGAGUGGCUAAUGUGUAUUUCUGUUUCAGAACUGAUUUUCCCCUCAUACGAUGAGAAGCCAAUUUUAUGGCACAGACCCAAUGGAUGCAUGUACUUUCAGUUUUAAAAUGAUUCUCCAUUUGAUAGAAAAGUUAAGUUUAAGUUUUAAGUUUAAGAAAUCGUUUUUUUUCCAAACUGCAUUUUAAUGCCUGAAGGUUGUUUCCACUAUUUUCCAUUAUUAUUUUUACAUCAUUUUCAGACGUUGACAUUAACUACACAGUAAAAUGUCAAGUGUUAAUUCCAUUCCUAACAGAUAUUCCAGAGUGAGACCAAAUGUUAUUUCUUAAGAGCUGGACUAACACUAUUAGAGUUGAAAUAACACAUGACAUGUUACUGUGUACAUAUCAAAUGUUCUGUAUAUCUUAGUGACUUGGGAAAAUAUCUAUGCUACACCAUGUUGGGGGUUUAUCAUGGUGCUCUUUUUAACUCCUGAAUUUUGUAAAAAUGUGUGUGUCCUAUUCAUCACCUCACACAUGCUAAUCCAGCCUACAUUAACAAGAGGGAUGCCCAGUCAUUAGGUUUCCAGUGGUAGGGUUAUUGAUAAGUUCAGCCAGGUUAUCAUUUUUAAUUCCUCCAAGUUUAGAUUUUUGUGUGUGCAGUGUUAUAUGCACGUCAGGGGUUAAGUUGUGAAUAGCAAGGAUCGGGGGUGAGGGGCAAAAUAUAAUCUCCACAUCAAUGCAGUAAAUUUGUGCUCUUUUGAAGGCCAUACUAUCACACUUCUACCUCUGCAGCAGUCCAUUUGCGCAACCUAAUGUGCAGUUCACUUUUUGGCAACCAUAUGGCUACUAACUUCUUACUGAUCACAUUAGAAAUGUAAAUUUAUCAAGUUUCUGUUGCAAUACCUAUGCGCCCAGAUACCCUAUGGUGGUAAUUCAUCAGGCCAACAUGUUUACUGUAGUCUUUUGUAGUCACCUGUAGUUGCCUUCAUCCCUGUGUCAUAGACAUUCUGUAUAAUAACAGAUUUGAUUCUGGUUGUACCUCAUUUUGAUACACAGUAAAAUGUUGAGUGCUAAGGAUUUUUUCAGCAUUUUCUUGGGUGGAGCUUGAUGGUGGGAACUUAAGCAGGCAACCUAGCAUUGUGUUUCAUUGGAAAAACAAAUUCUUUUUUUACAUCAUUCUUUUUUAUAUAUAUAGAAAUACACUAUAAGUCUCAGUCAUGAUCUAAAUCAAUAAAGUUAAUGAUCAUUUCCAUCACUAGUACAACUGGUGCAUCUAGUUAGCUAGCCUCAUAAGCUUUGUGAGGAAAAUUAGCAUUAGCAUUUUCAUUAACGUGUCUCAUUGUACAGCAGUGUACCUAACCGGUUUAUCAGGUUAGGUUAUGUCUAACACUAUAGUGCUACAUUAGUUAGCCUCAUAGGCUUUGUGCGGUAAAUUAUUGUGAGAAUUUGUGUUAACCUGUGAUAUCCAAUUGUGUUGUAUCUAGCUAGCUCCAUGAACUAGCAUCAUAGGCUUUGCUGGGUAAAUAAUCACAGAUUUGUACCAAGCUGACAGACCUGUGGCCAUGCUUACAAUGUGCCAGACCAAGCUAUGAGCUGUCAUUUUUAGAGAUGUAUGAAUAACACCAGUUGCUGCACUUGCAGCAAUAGUUUUUCCUUCAUCUUAUUUGAAAAUGCAAUGAAAUGAAAGUUCACCCCGUUUGCACUACAUAAUCUGAUGUUCACUGCAAUUUUCAGCUUCACCACUGCAAUGGUGAUUUUGAGGCAAAGACUUCUUUAUUUCUCUCUUUCAUACAGGUAUUUGUUUUCUCUAUACUUUUGUGCCCGUGGUACAAAAAUUAAAAACAGAAUUAUAAUCCAAAUUUGCACAUGUAUAAAGCACUGGUAAAUGAUGUAUGAUGUGGUACAAAUAUACAGUUGACUAUGGUGGGCACUAUUUACGGUUUGUUUAAUUGAUUGUAAAUUAAUUAAAUCAAUGACCAUGAUUUUUUGAAAAUUGAUGAAUAUGUAAUUUUGGGGUAAUAUACAUGUAUAUAUGACCUUUGUAUAUCAUAUAUGAUCACCUAAGAUCAUACUCUUCUGUUGUUCUUACUGUAUUUUAUAAGACCAAUAGUUAAUCUUAUCUCGUAUAUAAAUAAAGAAUUCUUUUUUUUUUUUUUUUUAGCUUACAGCUCCGUGUGGGUUCUCCUGGUGAUUACAUGGCUAACUCAUUUUAAAAAUUCACCCUUAAAUGUUGUGAUUAUCAUCAUCAUAACAGUAAAAAAACUAUUUCCUUUAGAGAAUGUAUAAGUGCUUUAGUUAACACAGAUCGGUAAAAGCAGUGUACGUUUACCAUGACUAUGGUACCAGGCCAUGAUUCAUAAAACCAACGUAUGCAUAGUACCGUCAUUGUUCCAUGCUUGCAGAUAUUUGCACAAUAUUUUCAUUGUGUUACAACGCUCUGUAUUGGAAUACACUUCAGAAUAAAUGGUCAGUGUAGGUAAAUCCAAAUUCUGGAAGCGAAGGCUAAAUCUGAACAGGUGUGUGUUUAGUUUGCGGACAGACUGUUAAGUGAAGUUACAAGGUGAUUGAAUUUGGAAGGUGCAUAGCCUUGGCUUUUCAUCAAGCUAAUGCCAGGGUCCUAAAUCUGAUUUCAGCACCAAUCAAAAGGCUCUGAAGAGAGCAGCAAAACAAUAGGGAAUAUUUUGAAAGACUAAUGAAAUUAAACUUUUUUUUUUUUUAAAUAAGUAAUUAAAAUGACUACAUAACAGAUGGUCUACAGACAAAUUGUUAAAUUAAUUGUUAUGUGUGUUAUAUGAAAAUAAAAUUAUAAUCUGUUCAAAAUCACAUACUACAUAAGUGAAAAGUAGCUGCCUUCUAGGUGGCAUUUACGAAAUUAUGUAUGUUUAAAAUAACUUUGCAAAACAAUCAUCAAAUGAGUGUGAGAGUAAAUGGUGAGUGAACUGUGUGUGUGCCCUGUGACAGAUUGACGACCUGUCCAGGGUGUAUUCCUGCCUUUCGCCCAAUGCACGCUGGGAAAGGCUCCAGCACCCCCCGUGACCCUGCCCAGGAUAAGCGGCUAUAGUUAAUGGAUGGAUGGAUGGAUGGAUGGAUGGAUGGAAAAAUCAUCAAAAUUAACAGGCAAUUCAAAAGUACUUUAGCCAUUAUAAAGAGUUGCAAUAGAUUUAAUUCAUUCACACUUUAGCCCUUUACCACUUACCACAAAAAAUGGCACAGUUGCAUAACAUCAAGCUUGCAUAACAUUGAUGGAUAGAUUUACUACAAAUUAGCCUGCAUAAAAUGUAAUAUUUGUGUAAUUCCCAGGAGAACAUACAGUAUAUGGUAUUCUUUAUAUGGUAGCAUUACCCAGAGUGCAAAUUUAAUUUUUUAUUCCAUACAUUUCAGUUCAUUUUCUCUUGCCUUUGAGCCAAACAAAAAGUUGCCACUUCAGUCCUCACACUUUUUAAAAUAGUUUUGCUAUUUCUGUUUCUAUUGCUCCAGAUUAAUACUGGUCACAUGUACACUUAUCUUUCAGGCAAUGUUAUUUUUACUUGUACUCCCCACUCUAUUGAAAAUUUGUAUUUUGCUAUUUUAAUUGCUGAAGUCAAGCAGUUGGACAGUAGGUGACUAAGAUUUGGGGGGAACGUUUUUUUUUGUUAUUAUAUAGCUAUUAAUAAACAAUAAUAAUUACA